AUGUCGGUCCCCAAAGAAAUUGAUGAGAAGGACUCCUCACUCUAUGGAGUUCAGGAGCAUGAGGUUGGAACACAAGUUACCCCAGCCGCCCAGCCCUUGGACAAGACAGAAGGUGAAUGGACCGGUUUUGAUCGCAAACUGAUCCUCAAACUGGACUUGCUGUUGAUACCACUCGUCACCACGGUAUAUCUACUGGCAUUCCUCGACCGUGCGAACGUCGGCAAUGCGAGAGUUGCGGGUCUACAGACUGAUCUGGGCCUCACCGACAAUCAGUAUCAGACGGCCAUCACUGUCACAUACGUGCCGUACAUUGCAGCGGAGAUUCCUUCAAACUUGAUCAUCAAGAAGAUUACCCCUCGGAUAUAUAUUCCACUUCUGUGCUUCUGCUGGGGUGUCAUUUGUACACUUCAAUGUCUGAUUCAUAACUAUGCUGGCUUACUAGCCUGUCGAUUCUUCCUUGGACUGGCCGAGGGAGGCAUCUUCCCCGGGAUAGUACUCUAUCUCAGUGGCUUCUAUCGACGUCAUGAUCUUUCUUUACGGAUCGCCAUGUUUUGGUCAGCAGCUUCCCUAAGUGGCGCAUUCUCCGGCUUACUGGCGGCGGCGAUCUCAAAGAUGGAUGGCGUUGGCGGCAUGAGGGGGUGGAAGUGGAUCUUCUGCCUUGAAGGGCUCUUCACUAUCAGCUGGGCAAUUCUGGUCUAUAUCCUCUUGCCCAACGACCCUCAUGGCGUAAGAACAUUUACUCCUGAUGAAGCUACUCGCUGUGUCGAACGCCUGAAGCUUGACGUCGAUCUCCUAGCGGAAGAGAAGGUCACAACGAAGAAAGUCCUGUCCGUCUUCACUGAUCUGCACCUCAUUCUGAUCUGGAUCAUUGCAAUCUGUUCGGGAUGCAUCAUCUUUGGACUGGCCUACUUCGCGCCUUCGAUAGUUAGAGACAUGGGCUACAGUCCUAUUCGAACACAACUCAUGAGCGUUCCUCCUUAUGGUUUCGCGUUUGUCCUGAGUCUUGGUGUCGCAUACUACUCAGAUAAAUACGCCGUUCGAGGCGUACCGAUGAUCCUCACGCUUGUUCUCUCACUGAUUGGAAUCAUCUUAUUUUACGUCGGUCGGAGCACACCAAUCAGAUACACUGGACUGUUCUUCCUUCUAGGUGGAAUCUACGCCAACGGACCAUGCCUGAUCGCAUGGAUCCCGAACAACACAGCUGGGCACACGCGACGAGCAACAGCAAUCGCAGUGAACUGCAUUUGCAACAACACCGGAGGCAUCAUCAGCACCUGGAUCUAUCCGAAAUCCGACGCACCGUACUAUCUUUUUGCAGCGAAAUUCAUUCUUUCAUUGAACUGUAUUGCCUUCGUGGCCACUGGUGCGGCAAUGUGGGUGUUCAGCCGCGCGAAUAAGAAGAAGGAGGACCCUGAAUACAGACAGAAACUAUUGGGUGACAUGGGCGAUCUUAGCUUUGCUCAGCAGCUGGACCGUCUCGGCGAUCAUCAUCCUGACUAUAAGUAUAUUAUGUAG